AUGUCCCGCUACUUUCCACACACAGAAUACGCAGAAGACCAACCCCUCUCUCGCACAAUUCUGGGUGUCCAUGUUCUUACCCGCGGCUACACUACCGGCGCCGUAGUGGGUCUCGGCGUCGCCUCCGUCGGGGGCCUCUACCACCGCCUCCGCGGCUCCGCAAAAACCGUGCCUGUCACAGCAUCACCGGCAACAGCCUCCGCACUGAGAACCACAGUUCUUACCCGCCUCCUCCGCACAACAGGCACAGCCAGCGCCGUCGGUGUAGGCCUUAUGGGCCUUGCGCUUGCGGGAAGGAUGAGAGGGCGGGAGGAUAUUGAGUGGCGCGACCGCUCGUGGCGAUUAAUGGAGAACCGUGGUCAGUUGGAGACGGACGACUGGACAUACGGCGGCGCUGCGGCGGGUCUUGUUGCGUUCGGAGUGUGGCAACGGGCGGCAGCGAAAGGGGCUGCUGUUGGCGGAUGGAGGGUCGUCGCUGGUGCAGCGGGACUGGGGAGCGUGGUAGGCACUGUUGGGUACAUGGUUUGGAGGUACGGAGUGCACUCCGGGAAGUUUCCGGAAUACGCUGCCGUCGAGGAAACUGCCUUGGGGAAAAUAUGA